AUGAAUUCUUUGGCCAAUUCUAAUUCCGUAGUUAACAUAAACAAGUUGGGAAGGGAAAUUUAACAUAAACUUCCGAGUUAUGAAGAUAGACAUUUAUUUUCAUAGAAUUUUUUUAGAAAAAGUACAAGCCUUCCUGAAAAUUAAAAUUUUUAGCAAUUCUAUUAUUUAAAUAAUUUGAUGUAUAAAAAGAAGCAAAUAAAUAAGAAAGAAGAGGUAGAAGAAUAUGAAUUAAAGAGAGAAUAAAGGGAAUAAAUUUUAAAUCAUGAUAAAUCUAUAUCUAUUUAAGAAAGGAUAAUAGAUUAUAUAAUUGAAUUUCAAUAAUAAGAAAUUGGUAGUAAAAAAUACACAUAUGUGAAAAGAUCAACAGAAGAGCCCAGAAUUUUUACCACUUAACUGACUAGAGAAUAAAUUUCAUAAUCCGUAUCAACUAACUGUAGUUAUGAUGAGGAAGUGUAAGAGUAAUUAAUUGAAAAAAAUUUUGUAGAAUAUCUCAAAUUUGGAUUUGAAAAUUUUCAUUUGGGAGAAUGCUCAUAGAUUUUAUUGCAACAUAAUUUAAUAAACCCAGAUAAAAUAAUUAUUUAUUUGAAUAAAGCAAUAAAGGAAUUUAAUUUUCGAAAUGAUAACAAAAAGAAAGAAGAUUUAAGAGUUAGUUAUGUUGGUAUUACUUCAGAAUUCGAUUUUGAGCCUAUAAAUAAAGAAAAGGAGUUUUAAGAUUUCUAGAGUUUCUCCUUAAUGAUCGAAAAUUAAUAUUCCUAAUCUAGAUUAUAAACAAGUGUCAAUAAUUAAAUUACAUAAAAUCAAUAUUUUGCAAAAUUAAAUGUCUCCAACAAGAUUACUAAUCAAAUUCAUUUACUAUAUAAAUACUUUUUAAAGACUAAAAUAAGAUAGUUUAAGCCAAAGAUUAUUGUUUUAUUCAUACAAAUUUAGGAUUCUAUUGAUUUUGAGACAUACUAUUUAUAAAAACUAAUUACCUAAUUGGAGAAAAUUUCAUAAAAUUCUCUCAUAAUUAUCCCUUGUUUAGCUUAAGAUUCCCCAUAUAACUAUGAAAAAUACUUAAAAUAUAAUGUUUUAAUAACCAAUUCAUGUUUGGAUUUUUCAUAUAAACGAAAGAAUAAAGCAUAUUAUAAAUGUGAAGAUAUGUCUCCUUAAUAAUAUAGAGAAUAUAGUUAUUAUUUUGCAUAGAACUAAAAAGAAAAAUAAUUUUUUGAUCAUUAAUAUUCAGCAUUGCAAGUUAGAAAAAAUAAAUAUUAAUCGGUAGAUGUUGAAAUGGAAUAUUUAUAAGAUAAUUAACUUUUAGUUUAUUAAAUCUCUUCAGAAUAAGAGUAGGAAAUAAAGAGUAAAGAUUAAGAAUUUGAAUUUAAUGUUAUUGGAAUUUUAAAUCUGAUAAAUCAAAUUGUUCUAACCAAAGUCUAUGAUUUUACGUUUAAAUAACCUAUAAAAGUUUCAGAAUUUGAACACUUUAUUUCUUAUAAUGUAGAUAAAAAUUACUUUAUACUUUGUAUUGUGUAAGAAAAUAAAUUAUUGUAUAAAAAAUGCUAAUACAAUUUAAAGAUUGAAAAAUAAAUUGAAGAGUAGAUUUAUCUAAAAGAAUAUCCAUUGUUUAAAACACUUAAUUUCAAGAGUUCCUAUUUAUUGCUAAAUUCAUAUUUAUAUUAAUUUAAUGUAUUAAUUUCAACCAAUUCCUCCAGUGGACAUAAAAUGUCAAAAAAUAACUACACUGGUUUUUAAUACUAUGUAGAGGUGUACAAAUAUGAUUUAGAUAAAAUAGAAUAACCAAAAAAAUACUGUAAUCAAGAAAUUAGUAAAUAGAAUAUUAUUUCUUUAAUAAAUUUUUCAAUUACUGAGCUUAAUCAAAAUAAAUUCUUAUUAUUAGGAGGUUCAUACUAGUCAUCUUGCCAAGAAGAAGAUUUUCAAUUGAGAACAGUCUCCUUAAUAAUUGAAAUUGAUGAAAACAAUUAGAAUAUUUUGAAAGUAACAGAAAAUGCUGGUAAAUAGAAGUGUUAUGAAAACCCUAUUGUUGUAAAAAUUGAUAAUUAUUCCUUGCUUUACUUUGAAACACAAACCUAAUAUUUAGCAACUCCAAUUUAAUCCUAGAUUUAAAGAUUGUCUCUUUUUGGAAAUUCAUCAAAUUUGAUAUUAGAAAAUUGCUUGAUAUUGAAUUAAUAGAACUUUGAGUUUUAUCAAAAAAAGAAAAAACUAUUUAAAUCCAACCAACUAAAUAGAAAAAUAAUUUCAUAAAGUUAAAAUACAUUAGUCUUUUUUGUGAUUGUUUAAGAAUUGGUUUAGGAUAAUUUAUAAAUAUAAAAUCAAGAGGAUAGUAUCAAUUUGAAGAUGCUAUCAAAAUAGGCUUUAUCGCAAGUUCAUAAAUUUUUAUUUACCUAUGACUUGAUGAAAAAAACGAUGGAUAUUGAAGUUGAAACCAAUCAAUUUAUUAUAUAACAGAUAGAAAAACCAAGUAAACUCAGGGAAUCUUGCCUAUAUAUCAAUGUAACUAUUUAGUUUAUUUAUUUAGUGGUUGGAGGACAGAAAUAAUCAAUAUAUAUUCAAUUAUAAUUAAGUUUAAAACUUAUAUUUGUUGUAUUUUCAUGAAAAACCAAACCCAAAAACAAGAAAAUUUAUAUUUGAAGAUCCAAAAGAUAAAGUUGAUUAUCUGGAUUUUGAGGAAGUCGUUUUGAAUGAUUUCUAUAAUGAACAACUUUGGAUAGUUAGAAAAAUUAUUCAUUAAGAUCACAUUUCCUUAAAUUUAUAUGAAAGGUAUAUUUUAAAAUAUAAAAUUAGUGAUUGGAUAAAUUUACAAGACGUAAAGGAUUCAACAGAAGCCUCAAUUACAAAGGUCCCCAUCACUUUAAUAUAUACAAUAGCUUCGAUCAAAGAAGACUUUUGUUUGAUUGGACUUGAAGUCAAAUUUUAAAAAGAAGGAGGAAAAAAAUGUCCGUAUUUGGUUUUAUGCACAAGUACAACCAUUUAUGAAUUUUCAAUUUAAAUGAUUCGAAAAAUCAAGUGGGAAAACAUUCUAAGAUACAAGCCUAAUUCAUGGGAAAAAGAACCCCUGUAGUUCUUAGAAUCUCCCAUACAAAAAACAAAACCAGUUUAAUUUAAUAUGAACAUUUAAAUUCCUUCCAUAGUGGCAAGUUUUGAGAAUGGUGACUUGUUGGUGUUUUAUAGCUAUUGUAAUGUAAAGAAAGAAAAGGAAAACUAGUAUCAGCUUGAAAUUAAGUAUUUAAUCUUAAGAGACUUAAAUCAAUCAGAUAAUGAUUCAAUGGAAUUAGAAGAUCAAAAAAAAGAAUUUUAAUUAAAAACUAUUAAAUACAAUUCUAAAAAAGAGGUUAGCAUAGCUAAGGUAAAUACAGUUAUCAUAGAAAAAAACAAAUUUGAGUUUUCAGUAAUUGUUGAAGAGGCUGAUUCAUAAUUAUACAAGGUUUUUUCAGGUGAUGAUGCUUUAAAAGAAAAUGAACAUAUUGCUACAAUAAAGCAAUGCAAAAUAUUAAAUAAUGCUGCUCCUUAACACAACUAAUGUAUAUUAGUAGGCCCUAAUAAAGAAAGUGUUUAUCACCUAUAAUGA